UGAUAACUCUUUAUGUUUGAUGACAGCCAUUUUGUUGUGUCAGUGGACUUGCAAGUGAGGACGCGUGCGCACAUUGUUGUAAUUUUUUUUUUAUUGAAAAAAAAACAAUCAAAAUGGGUUGUGGUGAAUUCUUAGUUAAAUACAUUUUGUUCUUUACGAACUUAUUUUUCGCGCUCGCAGGUCUGGCACUGCUGGGCCUGGGCGUGGCGGUGCAGCUGCAGGGCACUGCGGUCAUCGACAUCGCCGACAGCAGUUAUCAGGUGGCGCCCAUCGCUUCCAUGGUAGUCGGCGGCGUCGUCUUUCUCAUCGCCUUUUUCGGAUGCUGCGGCGCAAUCAGGGAAAGCAACUGCAUGCUCAUCACUUACUCGUUGUUUAUGAUUAUCCUGAUGAUCUUGAAAAUAACGCUGGCGAGUCUGAUCUUCGUGAACCUGGACAGUCUGGUGCAGGGCGUGCCUAACGUGCUGAAUGACGCUUUCAAUAGAGAUAGGGUCGCCUUCCAGGAGAUUGAAAGAGCUUUCACGUGCUGUGGUCCGACGGGUCCGUUGUCGUAUAUGAAUAUCGCUCUGCCGGAGACUUGCUGCGCGUCUCAGCCUUGCACUCCACUUAACGCGUACUCCGGCUGCGACAAGCAAGUCCAGGGUCUACUCGAGACCUUCGGACUCGCCAUCGGCGUCGUCUGCAUCGUUGUUGUUGCUAUUGAGCUUGUGGCGGUAGUGUUCGGCUUGUGCCUGGCUAAUCACGCGCGGAACAAGAACCGGCGGUCGCACUAUUAGGCCGAUAGAUGGCGCUUUACUACAUUAGCAUAUAAGUUUACUAAAUGCAAGGCAUAACGUCUUUAACAAUUUUGAUAAAGUUAUGUUAAUCGACCGAUUAUGUAAAAUUAACCGUUAAUUAAAUAAUUGUAUGUAAUAAUGUUUAUGUACGCAUUUAGUAUUAGUUAAGGCGGGUUUUGUGACCCAAUGUACAGUCAGGGUGAAAUGAAUGUUACGUUUUUAUAACUAAUAGCGAAAUAUUUUAGGCUUCUAAAGAACAAAAUAUAUCUUUUGUAUUAUUUUACAUUUCCAAAUGUUUAUCUACAUCCGAAAUUGUGUAAAUGUACUAAACAAUCCAAAUAAAAAAAUAAAUCUAAGUAU